AUGGCUGUGGCACGGUUGGAGGACUGGUGCAAGAUCAUGAGUGUGGAUGAACAGAAAUCACUGAUGGUUAUGGGGAUACCAGUGGAUUGUGAUGAGGCUGAGAUUCAGGAGGUUCUCCAGGAGACUUUGAAGGCUCUGGUCGGGUAUAGACUGCUUGGCAAAAUAUUCAGGAAGCAGGAGAAUGCCAAUGCGGUCUUAUUAGAGCUCAUGGAGGAUAUUGAUGUCUCGGUGAUACCUAGUGAGGUUCAGGGAAAGGGGGGGAUCUGGAAGGUGAUCUUUAAGACCCCUAACCAGGACACUGAAUUUCUUGAGCGACUGAACGUCUUUCUGAAAAAAGAGGGGCAGACAGUCUUGGGGAUGUUCCGAGCCCUCGGGCAUGAGGGAGUGUCUCCGGCCGCCAUGCCCUGCGUAUCACCAGAGUUAUUGGCUCAUUGGCUGGGGCAGGCGAUAGCACAAGCCCGUCAGCCUCUGCUGCCCAUGAGAUACCGGAAACUGAGAGUGUUCUCGGGGAGUGCCGUGCCCGCCCCCGAGGAAGAGCCCUUUGAAAUCUGGUUGGAACAAGCCACUGAGAUCGUCAAAGAGUGGCCGGUAGCAGAGGCGGAAAAGAAACGGUGGUUGAUGGAAAGCCUGCGCGGCCCCGCCCUGGACCUCAUGCAUAUAGUGCAGGCGGACAACGCGGCCAUCAGCGUGGAAGAGUGCUUGGAGGCCUUUAAGCAAGUGUUUGGAAGCCUGGAGAGCCGAAGGACCUCCCAGGUGAAGUACCUGAAGACCUAUCAGGAGGAGGGGGAGAAGGUCUCAGCCUAUGUGUUGCGGUUAGACCGGCGAGCCGUGGAGAAACGAGCCAUCCCCAGGAAUAUCGAAGAUCAGGUCCGCUUAGAACAGGUGAUGGCGGGCGCCAGCCUUAGCGAGGUGCUGUGGUGCAGGCUGAGGGAGCUGAAGGAUCAGGGCCCGCCUCCCAGCUUUCUUGAGCUAAUGAAGGUAAUCCGGGAGGAAGAGGUGGAAGAGGCCUCUUUUGAAAACGGGAAUAUGGAAGAGCCCGAUGAAGGGGGUGGCUAUGGCCCCUGGGAUCACGAGGCAGAUGACUAAAAACCAGCUCCGCGCAGGACCCACAGCCAGUGCACCUAGGGACAUUCGCUUUAUCCAGCUGAGACCGCGUGGCUCUUUUUGUGGUUAAAUGUACACAACUGAAAUCGAGGCUUUUGGGCCAGGUUUGCUGCUUCUUUCUCAGAAAAAA